GUUUAUGGCCUCUGUUGCAUGACGUCAGGUAUAUGAUCAGGAUAAAGGCCAAAUGGUAUAUAAUGGGUUAUUCGACACACAAAAGCACAGUCCUACUUGUGUUUUAUCCAGUUAAGGUAGUUUUUGACUCCAUACAACAUGAAACUGUUCGUGAUCUCCGCUCUCCUUACCGUGGCAGCAGCAGCACGCCUGGAGCACCUUGAGAACCAGGGUAAUUCAUCCAAUUCUCCAAAUGACGUCAAUUCUGGGGAUUCAAAUGGAGUUCAAGGUUCCGCCCAAAGUACUGGUGGUCAGCAGUACGAUGGUGACGGCUAUGUGUACAACAAGCCACAAGCUCCUCAGAAAUUCUCCAUCCCCAGCACCAACUACGGAACUCCAGUACCCUCAACACCUGCCACCAACAACAACGUCCAAAGCCAAUACCUAGAGCAAUCAGGAGCUCCUAGCAACCAGUACCAGGGUUCCCAGACCCCUCAAGCUCCUCAAGGAUCCCAGUCAUCCCAGGGUAUCCAGGCUCCCCAAGGCUCCCAAGCCCCUCAGGGCUUCCAGGCGUCUCAAGCUCCCCAGAACUUCCAGGCUCCCCAGGGUUACCAGGGCCAGCAGGGUUUCCAGGGCUCCCAAGCUUCCCAGGGUUUCCAAGCUUCGCAGAGUUCCCAGGGACAGCAAGGUUUCCAGGGAACUCAAGGUACCCAAGGAUUCCAGGCUCCUCAGGGUUUCCAGGGACAGCAGGGAUUCCAGGGUUCUCAAGCUUCCCAAGGCUUCCAGAGCCAGCAGGCUUUCCAGGGCUCUCAAGCUCUCCAGGGCAUCCAGGCACCCCAGGGCUUCCAGGCACCCCAGGUUUUCCAGAGCGCUCAGGCUCCUCAGAGCUUCCAAGGUCCUCAAGGUUUCCAAGGUCCCCAAGGUUUCCAAGCCACCCAGGGUUCCCAGGGCUUCCAGAACUUCCAGGGCCCUCAAGCUCCCCAAGCUCCCCAGGGUAACCCCUUCGAGAACAUCCCCCAACAAAGCUUCGAUGAAGAGACUGGUUACCAUUACUAAGUGGACAGUCAGCAGUACUAAAUGUGAUCGUAUUUGUAUGUUUUGUAAAAUAAAUGACUUUUAAUCUA